CCGUAAAGCGCCGGGCCAUGGCGGCCGCCCGGGUGCUGCGGGCCGGUGGCUGUUGCCGCCGCCGCCUCUCCUCCGCUUCCUCCUCCGGCAGCGGCCGCGCGGCUGAGCGCGGGGAGCGGCCGGACAGCGUGGGCCCGGGUUUCCGCCCCCCCGCGCACUCGCACAGCGACUGGAUCGGGCCCCCGGACAAGCACUCCAACCUGCGCCCCGUCAUCUUCUACGUGCCCCCCGAGGAGUCGGCGCUGGAGCGGCGGCUGCGGGAGGCGCGCCAGGAGGCCCAGGCCAGCAACCAGCGCUUCUGGGCACGGCACAACCGCGCCUUCCGCCAGGAAAAAGAAGAAUUUAUUUAUUCAAGACUGAAAGCCAAGGGUCUGGAAGUGAGAGAUGAAUCAGGUCAGAAAGCAACGCUGAGUGCAGAAGAAAUGGCUGACUUUUACAAGGACUUUCUAAGUAAAAAUUUAAAAAAGCAUUUGCAGUAUAACAGGGAAAGGCACAGUGAUUUUGGUGCUGGUGAAUUCAGGUUCUCAUCCUUAGGGUGGUCCCAGAAGCACCAAAAGUCAUGCAGAGUGAAUAUGGAGAAGAGAAUAUUUCCAAGCUAGAAAGGUGCUGGUAGUCAACCAUCAGCUGACUAUGGAACAUGGAGGCAAGUGAGGAAGAAAGUUGCUUCAUCUUUCAAUGAAAUGAGAGGUAGGACAGAAGGCAGAACAGAAAUUGCUGGUGGUGCAUAGUGAGUGUAGUGGUGUAAACAUUCCCUGGUAGAGGUGGCAACUUAUUCCUUGAAUGCAAGGAGUAAAAAUACAAGCACUCCUCUGUGAAUCCUUAACCUGUUCAGAAUUUUGAUGUUUGAAGUAGGAUCUUGGAGAAUACUGACAGUGUCUGUAAACUCAAAUAGCACAGAGUAUUAGAACUUGUCAAAGGGUGGAAUCCUUAGCUCCUUGAUCACUUACUACUUUGAAGAUAACAGUGAAAGUUAGGAUAUAUAAAUAUAGCUGUGUUGCUGAAAUUGUCUAGUAUUUUCCUCUAUGUUCACAUUAAUAUUGGCAUGCAAAUUCUCUAGCUUUACAGUGGUUAUUUUAACUCUACUACCUGAGGUUUAGAAGUCUGUUUUUCAUAACAGAACUGUUUUAAAGCUAAGUGAAUGUGCUGCUUAAACCUUUCAUUCAGUUUAUGUUCUUUAGCAGCAGCACAGCUCUGUAACAGCUGAGUUAAAAAAUAUAUUGUUAACAAAAUGUCCAGUGCAAGUAUCCUGCUCUGUUUUAAAAAAUAUAACAGAAAUUAACUGUUAAGACUUGAAUUAACACUGCACGCUUUAUUUCCUUGUUAUUUCUCUGUGGAGAGAAAACAGCAGGGAAAAGCAAACUGGCUUCCAUUUGUUACAGCUUCCUAGAAAUCCCUGUGACUCUGAAAAAGGAUAAUUCACUUGCAUGUAAAUAAAGCUUAUUGACUUGGGAAGCAGGAUCAUGAUCAGUGUUUAUUUUACUUAGAAUUAAUGCCUGGCCUGACAGUGGGUUCCCAAUGGUAAGUUCAGGCAUUUGACAAUGAGUCAAGCAAAGCAAAACACAAAACACUUUUACCCCAAAGUGCCUGAAUUCUCUGACUAAAAGGUAGCUCUGCAUGCAGUAAUUGCACAUAUGAACAAAAGAGUUGGGCUAAAAUUGUGCCUAGGACUGGGUACUUGACACUUCUGAGUCUGGUUUUUAUGUUUCCUCUUUUCCAUAAAGGAAGUUCUUGUAGGAAAUACAAACUAAAACAUAUGCAACCAUCAAGUGGUUGGGAUGAAAAGCCAGACAGGUUGCUGAAUCUGCCCUUUCAAUAUUUAUUAUUGCCAGGAUACUUUUAAACAGCACUUUAGCAGCAGCUGAAAUUACUCCAACGUAGUGUUUUAUCGUGGCCAUAUUUCUAAAAUGAAGUAAUAGAUUUUAUAGACUAUAAGAUUAGAUUGAAAAAAAAAUUUCUCUUUUGGUGGGAAGAUCCUCUAAGACAAAAGGAUGUAUUUUUUUAGUAUGAUGGUGUGGUGGUGGUGUUUGGCCAGUGUCAACCCAUCACAAAUAGUAAAAUAAAAUGACCCACACUUCUUAAAUGAAGUGAACCUGAAUUUCUUUAGAGGCUUGCCUCAUUUGUGGCUGUCAGUUAAGCUGACCUCAGUUCGCUGUGUGUAUUUCUCACACUGUUGCACUUCAAAAACCACAGAGCUUUGUGCUGCAUUAGUUGAACUGUUUGCUUUUUGCUCUCCCACUGUGAAUCACAAACCUCCCUCUCUCUUCCAGGGGAAGAGGAAAAUUGGUAUAUUGAGACUAAAGAAUCCAGCAUUGUAAAUAUGUGUUAUGGGGUUUUGUUUUGGUAUGCACUCAGAAGUCUGCAGAAAACCAUGGUGACCUUGCUGGUGAUAGGCAAAGGAUCACAGGAGUCACCACCCUUGGAGAUGUUUAAGCAAGACUGGACAUGGCACUUAGUGCCAUGGUCUAGUUGACAGGGUGGUGUUAGGUCAUAGGUUGGACUUGAUCUCAGAGGUCUGUUCCAACAGAUUCUGUGAUUCUGUAAUAUACUAGAGACAGCAUGUCUCGAUAAUUUAAUCAAAAAAUCAGGGCAUGCAGCAUAACUAGUUCCUUAAGAGAAAAUGGAAAUGUGGGCAGUGAAUAGUUUUUACUGCUAGAUGAACCUGGAUAAUUCUCUUUAGAUGAGACAGGAAAAACAAGAUCCAAAUGAAGAGGAACUCUUUGGAUAUUUCAGGUCAGGCAGUAGCUUGAGGAAAAAUCAUCUUCACUAAGUCUCUCCUGUGUCUAACUUCUGCUGCAUGCCAUAAACAGAGAGGAGUAACACUGCACUAUAGCUCCAUUGAGCUCAUCAACCUUCCUGCAGGAGGGAGCUUAGAGUGUGUGCUGUUUAUGUGGGAAAUUGCCAGGAUGCAAAUACUUGAUUAGCCAGCAUAUUAUGAAUCAGGGUCAUAGCUGGAGUAGUUGCUUUGUUCAGAGAUGCUCACAUCCCUGGGGUAAGCAGCUAAUUGCAGGAAAUCUUUUAAAGCAAAUGUGCGAUAGGAAGAAAGCAAUGAAUAUUGUUUAUUCAAAAGGCAGGAGUGGUUCCUUUGAAUCAGUUCUCUUGCAUAAUUAUGUAAUUAGGGCAUGUUCUAUUUUUAAUUAAAUCUCUUGCAUAUUCAUGAGAAUACUCUGAACCUGUGAACCAAUUGGCAUAACUCUUUAAUAUGUAGUUUGUGUAAAGGAAUGCCCUUCAAUCUUUUUUCCCCUUUCAUAUUACUGUGCAAAGAGAUAUUUCACAUUGUUAUAAUUAGGUUGUAUUGCCUGUCAAAACUAGAAUGUGGUUAAUUAAACCAUUAAUAUAAAAUUGCCAGAGAAAUGUCUUAAAGGAGAUGAAGAAUGCAAGAAACUGCUGCUUGUAAAUAGUUGUAUUAAAAUUGGGUUUUGCUGGACAGCUUGAUCUUUGUAAGAUAUCAACCAGAGAGUGGAAUUCAGUAAGUAUAAUUUAUUUCCUUCGGCUUUUCAAAUCCAGCAAUGAUUUUCUGUAUUUACAGUCUGAAGACAAUCCAUGGUCCCCUAACUUUGCUUUGUUUCUUGUGGGCUUCUGUGACUCUUCCUGUUCUUCAGCCUCUUUGACAAAAAUAUUAGCUUUGAUUCCUCUUCCAGCUUCCUGCUUAUUCUUAGGAGCCUUGCUUUCUCACCCAGCUCUUGUUCUCACAUCUGCUGUUCUGUAGACUUGCUCAGCAUUGUGCAUCAGGGCAAACAUACAUAAGCUCUGCUUUCCUUGAAUAUUUUAAAUAUUACCACUUAGGUGAGGCUGCAUAUUUUGAUUUACCACUAUACUUCUAUGUUCUUCUGUUAGGUUAUGAUUCAUACCCUGUACAUACUGCAGGAUCAUUGUAGGUCCCCUCCAACUGAACAAUGCUGUUCUA